AAUUAAGUAUUUAAUUAUUCGAUCUAAUGGAAGCUAAUUUGUUGAGUCGGUCUAAGAGAAAAACAGAUUUUAAGAGUUAUUCUUAUGGAGUUUUGACAAUAAUCGUAAUAAAACACUAAAAUUUGAUAUACCGUAACAGUGCCAUCAAAAUUAAAUUAUCUUAUAUGAGAGUAAAUAAGGGAACAUUAACUGCCAAUAUUUUCCACAGUACAUGGGCAUGUUGAAUCAUGGACAGCGGUAGUGCUGUUAUGCAUUUUAUGUUUCCUUUUUAGGCCGUGAUACCACAGUUAACCAAGAUUUCGGACCUUCUGACAAAUGGUUACGUGGACUGAUGAAACGCCAUCCAGAACUUUCUGAGGGGACACCUGAAAAUAUGGACAAGUCUAGAACCAGGAUGUCCUCUCAGAAAACAAUGGAUGAGUGGUUUCAACUGUUGGAUAGGGUAUUGGAGGAAAAUGGUAUAAAGAAAAAAGAGUCUCAGAUAUUCAAUGUUGAUGAAGUCGGAUUCUCUGGCAAAGAGAGACAGCUGUCAUAGGUGAUAGGACCAAGGCAAGGACACGUGUUUACCAGCAAAACAAUAACUAAUGAUCAUGUAACCGUAAACAUGUGCAUCUGUGGAGACGGCAAGAUACUUCAGUCGAUGUUAAUUUACAAAGAAUCUCUACCUCACCGCAACUACAAAGACGGCGUGCCGGACAGCUGGCUCUUUGGGACGUCACAGUCAGGUUAUAUGGAUGGAGAGCUCUUUUGUCUUGGUUUAAGAGAAUUUUUCUCUUGAACUGCGGCAGAGAGAGACCCGUCCUUCUUGUACUUGACAACCAUGACUCACACGUGACCCUCCCUCUUGUAGAAGUGGCGCGGGAAAAUGGUGUUGUACUUCUUGGGAUGCCUGCACAUACAACCCAUAUCUUACAACCAUUAGAUGUGAAGUGUUUGGUCCGCUGAAGGGUAGAUUUAGUUCCCUUGCUGUGAAACUUGGGUUUGCCAACCCUAAUCUAACAAUCGGAAAAUCAAAAUUCCCAGUAGUACUUCGGCAUGCAAUUGAUUAGACGACAGCAGCAUCUGUGCGGGAAGCAUUUGCAGCAACGGGCAUUACACCGUACAACCCAGCCGCCAUCGACAAAAGUCAGCUCAUCCCGCCUACUUUCACCAAAAGAAAUGAAGAAAGUGGUACAACUGAAGCUACCAACGUUAAAACAUGUGAGACGUGUGGUUCGUUCACGGUGAACCCUCUAGUUGAGCAGGGGCUCAAUACACAGUCCAUGGCGCAGAUACUGAUCCCACCACCAAAACAGUCAUCAAAGACCCAAAUAAAAAGAUCUAAAGUAGUCACUGGAGGGCGCGUUAUUAGUGGUGACGAAAUGCUGAGACAGUUGAAAGAAAAGGAAGAGCUUAUUAAACGACAGAUUGCGGCUAAGGAAGAGAGACUGCAACUCAAAGAAAAGAGAAGGCAAGAGAAGGAGAAAGAAUCAGAAGAAAAACAAAUUAAAAAACAGAAGAGAGAAGAAGAAAAAAGGCUAAAGGAACAGAAAAGAAAAGACGAAAUUAUAAAGAAAGCAGUUGGUGGCCGUUUGGCAGCAAAGAAAUUCACGUGUGGAGUGUGCGGUGAGACAGGACGGAUGAUUGACGAGAUGAAUGGAGUAAAGUGGUAUGGGUGUGAGGAAAAUAGAUGCGAGAGGUGGUAUCACGAAGAAUGUUUAAGUUUGCAGGAGAGAGAGUACUUGACAGAGAGCGUGAAUGAUGGAAGUGAGUGGUAUUGUAGAAAAUGUAAGCCGUGGUUAUAUGAUGAGGAAUGAAUGCACAUGAAUAAGUUUAUGUGCGUGAAGAGAUACUUUAUGGGAUAUCUAUUAUAGUUCUUUGGAUGAUUUUAUGUUGCAUUGUGUACAAAAGGGUGCAUUCAACUUCCGGCAAUCUGUAGUAUUCAUUCAGGAUCCCAGAUCUAUAUUCGAAAUAUCUAAAUGAUGGUUCUGUGAACAAUGGUGAACAACACGCCUUUGUGAAUCUGUGUUUUAAGUUUAUCAGUGUGAUGUUUAAAAAAUGUUUUCAAUAAAUUACAACUCAUAAAAAUAAAUAUGCUUGUCAUAGGGCUAAUAAAUUAGCAA